AUGGAUUCACUACCACCAUUGGUAAUAGUUAACAUUGGAUAUCAAUUGAAGAAUAGGUACUUUGAAGCAGAUAUCUCUGACUUUGUUUGCUUUGCAUUGACAUCCAAACAUUUGUUGUUAUUACUGAUGGACAAGUUGAUGCCUCCUUCAGGUCGUCUAAUCCUCCCUGAAUCUAUACAACAUCAAUCAUCGUCAACAGCAUUAUGGGGCCCAACAAAGAUAUACAUCAACUGUUCUGAAUCAAUAACAAAGUUCCCAGAGACGUUGACAGAGCUGACUUUUGGUGAUAACUUCAACUCACCAAUCGUUAAAGACUCUCUCCCUUCAUCCCUCACAUCAUUGACACUGGGAGGGAUGUUCAACCAUCCCCUGCACAUCACCAAUGAAGAUGGAACAAUCCAAUCAUUGCUUCCUCCUGGGCUGAGGACCCUUAUCUUUGAGAAGUACAACAAAAAGUUAGAAAAGGGUGUGCUACCCGACACCAUUCAGACCUUGCGCAUCCGAGCGGGCUCGCCCCCAACACUUGAGCAACCGCCAUCACCAUAUGGUCAGUCCACUAUCACAUUAUACAGUCCCAGCGAGAGUCCAUGUGGGAAAAUGACGGCAGUCAGAAUGGUACUGCAUUACGAUCUUUUGAGAUUCAGUAGUCCAUUGCCAACAACUCUAACUUCUGCAGUCGUGGACGUUGGAAUAAGUGAGCCUCUGUUCUUGAGCCAACCUAUUCCAGACACUCUCACCUCUCUAACAUUUGGAGACAGAUUCACACCGGGCAUACUACCACCUCAACUAAAGAAGCUCAAAAUUGGAUCGAGACAACACUUGGUGCAACAACCUGGAUUGCUUCCAGAGUCAUUGGAAUCACUCCGGUGGUCGGUAUGGCAUCCUCAAUCUCCGAGGCGGACGAUCAAACCAGGUGUGUUGCCUGAACAUCUUACACGACUCACUUUUGGAUACCACUACAACAACUUUAUCCGACCUGGAGUGCUACCCAGAUCACUUAGAUCACUAAAGUUUGGUGGAAUGUUCAACCAGCCACUGGGAGCAGGCUCGCUGCCAGAUGCACUCAGCCGUCUGAAGAUUGGAGAGGACUAUUCGCAACUUUGUGUGAAUGUUGUACUUCCUCCAUCUCUAGAGACACUGGCCGUGUACUCUUUCAAACAGGUGGUGUACGCAGAGAGACAUAAUAAUACAAGCAAGACUGGGUCGAUCAAGUCGGUGUCGGUCUCUACAGUCAAUCGAGGAAGAGUGAUGCGAAGAAGACAGAUAUCGAUCAAACUGGAUACCUUGUCAUUGACACAUACUGCCUACUUCAGGACCAAACUAAAUCUGCGACAACUGGUUUCAUCACUACUACUGACUGCUCCAAAUGUGGCAACCAUCAAUAUUCACAUUAGUUUUGAAGGACUGGAGAGUGCACAUAUCAGAAGACUUGGAAAAACAUCAUCUGGUGAUGCAAUCGCAUUGGCAAUCUUGAGAAAGAGUCUGCUUUAUCAAACAAAUGUCACGACAACCAAGGCCAAGUAG